AUGCCUUUCAAACGUCUAUCUGUGUCUGCUCUGAUUGUCGUCCUGGCCUUCGCGAAUGUAGCGCUCGGAACGCCGAUUCCUAACCACCUCAACGGCGCUCCACAUGAUGCGCACUACGCUGCUUCAUCCCACGAAUCCAUGGGCUUGGCUCAACACCAGGAACGCUCUUUGAGGCUUGUGGCCCGAGACCAGGAUGCCAGCAGUAAGGCAAAGGAAGCUGGCGCCGGAGCUGCCAAACAAGCCGAUGGACAAGUAGCUAAUAAGGACAACAAAAAGGAGAAUGGCGCAGACCAGAAUAGUCACCCGGCCCAAGAGAGCAAACCGCAGGACGCUAAGCCUGCCGGAGCCGAUGCCAAAGACAGCGCCAAAGCGGGCAUGGACGCCAAGCCAGCCGACAAACGCAUCGAACCUAAAGUCGGCCAACCGAACACUGAGGAUCAAGGUUCAGAGCAUCCUGAGCCAAAGGAGCAGCACGGCCCAGGCCCCAAGGAUCAGAAAGCGGCCGAAAACCAGCCAUCCCAGCAACCGCCUCAAAGCAAGGCGAGCGCAGAUCCGAAAUCAACUCAGCCUCCUGCCCAAGAAAAGGACAACGCGGUCAAGCAAUCGACUCAACCUGCCGAUAAGCAGGCCGAGAGCCAUGGUGCCGGCCAAUCAGCUCCUGGCGACGCCUCUCACCCCGACGCCAAAGGAAACCCGGCCCCGGCUCCUGCAAGCCAUCCGCCGACGGACAAGGCGGCCCCACCGACUGCCGAAAACCACCCAGGUGCGGCGGAAGCCAAGAACGGCCCAGCUCCUGAGAAAGCGGCCCCGGACGCCAAGACGGCACCGCCUGCCGCCCCGGAGAGCAAGUCACCCACCGAAGCAAAAGCAGGCUCCCCUUCUCCUGCAGGCAAGCCUUCCGACGCUAAAGCCACCACCCCGCAACCCGCUAAUACCCCGGCCAAUGAGGCCAAAGCCAGCCCUCCCGCUGCUGAGAAAACAGCCCCGGAAACUAAAAAUGGUCCGCCGAAUGCCGAGAACAAGCCUGCCGAAAACAAGAACGCCCCGUCAGCUGCAAACAAGCCCCCCACCGAUGCCAAAGCCGCCCCGCCAUCUACCGAAAACAAGCCCGCUACCGAUGCCAAAGCCGCCCCGCCAUCUACCGAAAACAAGCCCGCUACCGAUGCCAAAGCCGCCCCAGCAAAUCCUGCGUCCACCUCCAACGCCGAAGCUAAAGCGACCCCUCCAGCCCCUGAGAACAAGCCAAACCCGGACGCCAAGAACGCGCCUUCAACUGCAAACAAGCCGGCAAACGGCGACGCCAAAGCUGCCCCACCAGCGCCUGAAAGCAAGCCGAACCCGGACGCCAAAGCCGCCCCGCCCACUCCCGAAAACAAGCCAGCUACCGAUGCCAAAGUGACCCCGCCAAAUCCUGCUUCCACCUCCAAUGCCGAAGCCAAAGCGACCCCUCCAGCUCCUGAGAACAAGCCAAACCCGGACGCCAAGAACGCGCCUUCAACUGCGAACAAGCCGGCGAACGGCGACGCCAAAGCUGCUCCGCCAGCACCCGAAAGCAAGCCAAACCCGGACGCCAAAGCCGCCCCUCCAACUGCCGAAAGCAAGCCCGCCAUGGACGCCAAGGCAGCCCCAGCAAGUCCUGCGUCCACCCCCAACACUGAAGCUAAAGCGACCCCUCCAGCCCCUGAGAACAAGCCAAACCCAGACGCCAAGAACGCGCCUUCAACUGCGAACAAGCCGGCGACCGGAGACGCCAAAGCUGCCCCACCAGCGCCUGAAAGCAAGCCCGCCGCGGACGCCAAAGCCGCCCCUCCAACUCCCGAAAACAAGCCCGCUAACGAUGCCAAAGCCGCCCCAGCAAGUCCUGCAGCCACCCCCAACGCCGAAGCUAAAGCAACCCCUCCAGUUCCUGAGAACAAGCCCAACCCGGACGCCAAGAAAGCAACUUCAACUGCGAACAAGCCGGCGACUGGAGACGCCAAAGCUGCACCACCAGCCCCUGAAAGCAAGCCCGCCGCGGACGCCAAAGCCGGACCUGCUGCUCCCGAGGCAAAGGCAAACAACGUCGACCCCAAGGCGGCCCCCUCUCCGGCCCACCCACAGACCGCCGCCCCGCAGCCCGAAAACAGCCACAAUGCCGACCCCAAGGCCGCCCCCCAACCCAUGGCUAUCCAGCCCAACAACGCCCCCGCUGGGCCUGCGGCCGCUCAAACCCACUGA